UCACACACACACACAAACACGUGUGCAUAUACAUUGAUGGAGUGGCUGUCUCUCUCUCUCUUUGGCGCACACAUCUUCUCUUCUUUCUAUAUCUGGUAACAGUCAACACGCGUCUGUGAGCACCUCCAGGCACAGAAAUGGCAACGGAAAACUUAGAUAAGCAGAAAACUAUCGCUCUCCGAAAGAAACAUGUUGGACCGUCCUGCAAAGUGUUCUUCAGUCAUGACCCUAUUAAGAUUGUGAGAGCAAGAGGACAGUACAUGUACAACGAAAAAGAUGAGAAAUACCUGGACUGCAUAAAUAACGUUGCACACGUGGGUCAUUGCCAUCCAGAUGUGGUUGAAGCAGGAGCAAAACAAAUGGAGUUUCUCAACACCAACUCUCGCUUCCUACAUGACAAUCUGGUCCUGUAUGCUCAGCGUCUCCAAGCCACUCUUCCUGAAAAGCUCUCCGUGUGCUACUUUGUCAACUCAGGGUCUGAGGCAAAUGAUCUGGCCCUAAGGCUGGCCUGGCAGUACACCGGCCACAAAGACAUCAUCACACUAGAGAAUGCCUACCACGGUCAUGUGUCAUCGCUCAUUGAUAUCAGUCCAUAUAAGUUUCAUCAGAUGGCUGGUGCAGAGCCAAGCCAACAUGUGCACGUGGCUCUCAGUCCAGACAUUUAUAGAGGCACAUACUGUGAGGACCACCCUGACCCAGCCAUGGCCUAUGCUGAAAAUGUCAAAGAUAUAAUCGAGCAGGCCCAUAAAAAGGGACGUAAGAUUGCCGCUUUUAUCGCCGAGUCACUGCAGAGUUGCGGAGGGCAGGUCAUUCCUCCAGCGGGAUAUUUCCAGAAAGUGGCACAGCAUGUGAGAAAUGCAGGAGGCAUUUUCAUUGCUGAUGAGGUCCAGGUGGGCUUUGGCAGGGUGGGCACCCACUUCUGGGCCUUCCAGCUGCAGGGAGAAGAUUUUGUACCAGAUAUUGUUACAAUGGGCAAACCUAUUGGAAACGGCCAUCCGAUGUCAUGUGUGAUCACCACCAGAGAGGUCGCCGAAAGCUUCAUGUCAUCUGGAAUGGAGUACUUCAACACAUUUGGUGGUAACCCAGUAUCAUGUGCUAUUGGACUGGCGGUGCUGGAUGUAAUUGAGGAAGAUCUCCAAGGCAAUGCCCUGCACGUCGGAGGUUACCUGACUCAGCUUUUGGAUGAUCUAAAGAAAAGACACCCUUUGGUGGGUGAUGUGAGGGGGCGUGGCCUGUUUAUUGGGUUGGAGCUGGUAAGAAACCGGGAUAAGAGGACACCUGCCACAGCUGAAGCUCAAGAUGUUAUUUACAGACUAAAAGAGCAGCGGAUACUGCUCAGUGCUGAUGGCCCACACCGCAACGUUCUGAAGUUCAAGCCUCCCAUGUGCUUCUCCAGAGAGGAUGCUGAACUCGUCGUGGAGAAGAUUGACCAAAUUCUGACAGACCUAGAAAAGACUUUGGGCCUCCAAAUGUCUGAAGCGGUAAUCUCAGAGAAUGGACACACCAAGAGAAAGGAACCCAGUGAUGAAAACGGCCUCGUUCACCCUUCGAAUGGCAGCAGCCACAAGCGCACCGGCACACUACCUCAUGACAAAAAAACCAAAAGGCUAAAAUCCAAAUGAAACGUCAGGGGACAGGCUAACGGUUUUCAAUUACAGACUAUUUUAAUUACAUCUGUAACCAUUUUUUCCAUGUUUUAAUGGAUCUAAAAUACACUGUAUAAGGAUUGUUUUGCCAUAUACUGUAUUUUAGUGGUGCCAGUCAGAACUGUAUCAGUGUUUUUGAUUUAUGAGUAAAAAUGACCUCAGAGCAAAAUAAACCUAUUCAAUAUUAUCAUUAAGAGCUGUUUUAGCUUUUCACGCGUGCUUUUGGAAAGCUAUAAAGCACUAAACCAUAAGAAUUUUUUCUUUACAUGGCUUUAUCUGUGUUGUGGCCAUCGAAUUGAAGGACGUAUUUUUAGCGCUGAGCGGUUUUGUGGUAAUGGUUUGCAUGCAUCUAUGCCAAAUCAGGCACUUUAAGUGCACCUUCAACACUGCUUGUUUUGCAGCGGCCUGCUCAACUGUAUGCAUACCUGAGGAAACGCUCACUCAGCAGGUCCCGCUGAUGUCUGCCGCAGUAAAACAGCUAAUAGAAAACACUCUACACGACAUAAAAGGCAGCACAGUAGGAAGGAGGAUGUGGAAUCUAAUAUCUUUUCUUACGAUAUUUAGAAAAAAAAAUGUGGAAGACAACUACACCACGGAUACAUAACAUCAGUGUCACCACAUUUAAGCUUCUGGCCUCUAAUACAUUUCCCAUUUCCCAAAAAAACAUUUGUUAAAGCGUGAUUAGAAACACGACGAGGACAUAAAGGCUGUGUUGGGUUAUUUGAAUUUUGUCACGGAAAUUGCGUAUAAACCAGUUAAACGUUUUCAUGGUCGUACAACGAAUUUGUACCCGUGUCGUAUCACGCCGUGGACGAGCGCUUUGCUUCGAUGGAGGCCUGCGCCAUCUUCUGGCAAAACGCGGGAAUUCAUUCGGCGCGCGACACUCAUUAUGGGGGCUCUCUAGCCUCGAGUAAAUCUGAACCUUUAGCACGUGUACGUCUGCAAAAAGUCUGUUAAAGAUCUCAUGGUCGGGAAAACACCUGCUGUCUACAGACAACGUGGCAGACAUCUUUCAAAAGAUUUACAUACAUUCGAAAUCAUCUCGAAGGAGAGGUCCAACAGACAUAUUGCAAAUAAGUGAACAACCUAAAUAAUGUCUUGCAGAUGUAAAUGCAGACAGCUCCUAGAUGUACGUGCGCUGUCAGGGAGUGUAUAACGGUUGUACACUCGUUUUUGCAGUGCAUUGUGGGAUUGUAUGAGCGCACUCCAGAUAGUCAACUAUAGUUUUGGACACCACUUUAAAAAGGCUGUCCUUGCAAAUAGGGGGCGAUUUCGAAUGCAUCCCAGGAACAUAUUCUUGGGUUGGAUGAACUCGGAUGUGUUUUUGGAACUACAUACCUUUAGUAAGGACGGUUUAGGGUUAAUCAAUCGAAAGUUCAGGGCUGACGGUAAGUUAAGCAUGCUUUCUGGAAUACACCCCAUUCCAUCCCAGAUCCAUCCAGUGAGCUCCCUAACGGUUGAAUGUUUUAAAGCAUUCCAGGUGACUUCCGGUCUUUGCACUUGUCCGCAUAUGACAUAUUACCUGUAUUUGUACAAAGCGUCUUAAGUAAGGAUGAAGACCUGAUGAAAUUUACCCGAUGGGGCACAUGUAUACUGUUGUAAAAAUGAAAGUGUUAUGCAGAAUCGAAUAUCUUUUCUUACAAUUUUGAAAAAAAUAUAUACGGUUCUGCAUAUAUAUGUGAGAGAGAGCGAGAUAGAUCAUCGGUUUAUAUUAAAAUAAUUAAAAACAUAACCAAGACCCGGUAUAGUUCAUCCGUCAUGGAUCCCACACCUUCAAAUGUAUUUCAAAGCAAACAUAACAUCGGGGGCUUUAACUCUACAGUAUUCUAUGCAUUUUUAAAUAGGAUUUUAUUGUAAAUAACCAAUUUAUUUUUGUUAUAAAAUAAAGUAUUUUAAAAAAAUAAAAACAAAUGGUUUCAAAGUUGUGUGUGUUGUGUGUUUAUUAUAGAAAAAAACUGCACAUCAAGCAGCCAUAUUUAUGAACAGGCCGUCUACAAAAUAACAGUUAUGCAAAAUGGAUAUCAAUACAAUAUUGACCAUCCGGUGGACUUUUUACAAGAAAAUGUUUUAACAACGCUGAGAAGGAAAUGUAGCACAUUUUCAUGCACCUGUAUGGUGAGGGUCCUUCUAGACAAACGUGUGCACAAAAUAAAAAAAAAUGAAUGAAAUUCUGCAGUGGG